UAAUUGCAUACCAUGUGCCUCCCAGAAGGUUUUUCAGCAAACUUGUGCACAAAGGAGCAGGAAAACUCCUCUUAGAACCAUGAUUGGCUUCCAUGAACUCAUCCUCCUAGCUGCGGACUUAACACUGGCUUCAGCGUUCUCCUGUUUUCUUUAUGGGCUGGCCUGCUUUUGUCUUGCUAGUCUCACUGGCUUUGUGAUCUUCCUCUCCGCCUUUGGGGAGGCAAAGAAAAUGAAGAGGAAAAUAGACCAAAAGGGGAGAGCAAUCAUGAUUGUGGUUUCCAACAGUUCUGUGGGACAGAUGUUUGUAAAAACGCUAGACAAAGCGGGUUUCGGAGUGUUGGCAGUAUGCCGGUUCCCUGAGGGAGAAUGGGCACCUGUUGUGAAGAAGGAUUGCUCGUCAAAUGUCACGGUGACACAACUCCCAGUGGCAGAGGAGACAUAUCAGAAGGCCAUGAAGACUCUGAUCGAGAACGACCUGUGUCUGAAAGGACUGUCUGGAGAGAUGAAGAAGCCUUCAAUAAUGAUAUGGGAUGAAGAGGCAGAAACACAAAAAAUAUGUGAAAGAAAAGUGACUCCUAAACAGAAGAAGUGCUGCGUGACUCCUGCUUUCCUGAUUGCCCUCCUCUGUGUUCCAACAAAGACUGUGUGCCUUUGUCUGAAGAAGAGAGGUCGCCAGCUGCUUACCCCUCUGCAGACAGCUCUGUUUAAAUAUCAAGACUUACAGGGGCUGCGAGAGGAAGACCAAGGACAUUUGUCCCCCGAAAGGAGAGAGAAGAUCAGCAGAGAUAAACAACAGAUGGAAGAAGGCAUUCCACUGCUCUGCAGUCCCCUCCAGCCUGCUCUGCCUGCCUUGGGGAAGUUUCAGAAUGGUCAGCGGUCAGAGCCUGGCUCACAUGUGGCUACAGGCAGCUUUUGAUGGGAUGGAUGUAAUGUGUAGCUAGGUUCUUAUA